CUUUCAUUUUUGAUUGUCUUCAUAAAUAACUAGCAGCACGAGAAAGAUAACAAUGAAUGAUAUUAAUUGAAUCUCAAACUUAAGCCAUGGAUUAAGAGCGAAUACAAAACAAAACAUUAAACAACAAGAGAUAUUGCAAAGUGAUACAUAUAAAUCGCAAAGCGAAAACCAUAAAAAAGUAGAAGGAUAAGUUAAAAUUUAAUUAAAAAUAUAAAGAAGUAAAGUGUUAUUUAAAGUUCAGAGUGUAAUCUUCUAAGUGUUAUUAGAUGUUGAUAAGCGAAUAGCGAAAAAUGAUGAUGCAUCAAUGUUUUAGAUAGCAAAUGCAAGCGUUGCCGUUAAAGACAUCGCUUCUAAUUUUCGUAGUCGUCAAAAAUGUCCAAUGAUUAAUAAAAGUGAAAGACAUAAAGUAACAAAAUAUCCCCGACACUAUUUAAAGGGGGAUGUCGUGUUGUGACGAAGAACAAAUUAUAACAACAACACCACUACCAGAUCCUUGCCUUAUAGAUCGAAAAUGGUGGUGUUUCAUCUUGUCAAGCAUAUUCACAUUUUUGGCUGGGCUUUUUAUUGUUCUUUUUUGGCGAGCUCUCGCAUUCGUAUGUUGUCGUAAGGAACCAGAACUAUCUCCAAAUGAUCCUAAACAGAAGGAGCAGAAGGCCAAUCGCGGCAAGCAAGAGUUCGAAGGAACUUUUAUGACAGAAGCUAAAGACUGGGCUGGCGAACUUAUAUCAGGCCAAACGACCACUGGACGAAUAUUGGUGGUUCUCGUUUUUAUCCUCAGCAUCGCAUCACUCAUCAUUUAUUUUGUUGACGCAUCAUUUGAAGACGUGGAACGAUGUGAAAAAUGGAGCGACAAUAUAACACAACAAAUCGAUCUUGCAUUCAAUAUAUUUUUUAUGGUGUACUUUUUUAUACGAUUCAUAGCAGCAUCCGAUAAAUUUUGGUUUAUGUUAGAAAUGUACAGUUUUGUAGAUUAUUUUACGAUACCCCCGUCCUUUGUAUCGAUAUAUUUAAACCGCACGUGGAUCGGUCUUCGUUUCCUUCGAGCACUUCGGCUUAUGAGUGUUCCAGAUAUUCUGCAAUAUUUGAAUAUUCUUAAAACAUCAAGUUCCAUACGCUUGGCACAAUUAGUCUCAAUUUUUAUAUCAGUAUGGUUAACGGCAGCUGGAAUUAUUCAUUUGCUGGAAAACUCGGGCGAUCCAUUACAUUUUUCCAAUCCACACCAUUUAUCAUAUUGGACAUGCGUUUAUUUUCUCAUCGUUACAAUGUCCACCGUGGGCUAUGGUGAUGUGUUCUGCGAAACAGUGUUAGGACGAACGUUUCUUGUGUUCUUCCUCCUCGUCGGAUUGGCAAUUUUUGCAAGUUGCAUACCAGAGAUAAUUGAUUUGAUUGGAACGAGACCAAAAUAUGGGGGAACAUUGAAAAAUGAGAGAGGGCGAAGACAUAUCGUCGUCUGUGGGCAUAUAACAUACGAGUCGGUCUCACAUUUCCUGAAAGAUUUUUUACACGAGGAUCGAGAAGAUGUGGACGUGGAAGUUGUAUUUUUACAUCGAAAGGAGCCUGAUCUGGAGCUUGAAGGUUUGUUAAAACGUCAUUACACAACCGUGGCGUUUUUUCAAGGCACUAUGAUGAAUGCUGUCGAUUUGGAGCGUGUCAAGGUUCAUGAAGCUGAUGCCUGUUUAGUGUUAGCAAAUAAAUAUUGUCAAGAUCCUGAUGCUGAAGAUGCUGCCAACAUAAUGCGUGUCAUUUCAAUCAAAAAUUACAGUGACGACAUUCGCGUUAUUAUUCAACUUAUGCAAUACCACAAUAAGGCUUAUCUAUUAAAUAUUCCAUCUUGGGACUGGAAACAGGGUGAUGAUGUUAUUUGUUUAGCAGAAUUAAAAUUAGGCUUCAUUGCUCAGAGUUGUUUAGCACCUGGUUUCUCAACAAUGAUGGCCAAUUUGUUUGCCAUGAGAUCGUUCAAAACUUCACCUGACAUGCAAAUAUGGCAAAAUGAUUAUCUUCAAGGUACCGGAUGUGAGAUGUAUACAGAAACUCUUUCACCUUCUUUUACUGGAAUGACCUUUCCACAAGCCAGCGAGCUUUGUUUCACCAAACUUAAGUUGCUUCUUCUGGCGAUUGAGAUUAAAGGUGGCGAUGAAGGCAAUGACAGCAAAAUUUCGAUAAAUCCUCGAGGAGUUAAAAUUCAAGCAAACACACAAGGAUUCUUUAUAGCGCAAAGUGCAGAUGAAGUGAAACGAGCGUGGUUUUACUGUAAAGCUUGUCACGAUGACAUCAAGGACGAAACGCUCAUCAAGAAGUGCAAAUGCAAAAACUUGGCUUUGUUGAGGAAAAAGUUUCGAGCUCCUCCUUCUCCAUCAAAACUAAUAAGUCCAUCAAAUGAUCACCCCGCAGCACCGACAUUCACACCUCCUGAACUUCCGAAACGAGUCCAUGUGCGCGGAGUUACUGGGGACAUUACUCGAGAACGUGAAGAGAUUAACCUCAUCAAUCGAAAUCGUCGAAUGCCAUCAGUUGGAUCAAAUCAAAUGUUGAAUUCAAAUCAAAUGUUGAAUUCAAUUCAAACCAAACAAGUUAACAAGGUGAAGCCGAAUGUAAAUAGACCACCAAUACCAGAUGGUGUCAUUGUGUCGCCAUCAUCUUACAAUCGACCUGCGGAAACAGAAGCGAGUCCGUAUGCGGGAUAUCAACUUGCAUAUGAAGUCAAAAAGCUAAUGCCGACGGCUCGAGGUGGUAGCUCAGGAGCUCAAAAUCCGAAUGGUGUUACACUUCAAGCAGGCAUUGCUGAUGAUCAAUCGAAAGAUUUUGAUUUUGAGAAAACAGAAAUGAAAUAUGAUUCGACGGGAAUGUUUCAUUGGAGUCCGGCAAGGAGUCUCGAAGACUGUAUUUUAGAUCGUAAUCAAGCAGCAAUGACUGUUCUCAAUGGACACGUGGUGGUUUGCCUUUUCGCCGAUCCCGAUUCACCACUCAUCGGUCUCAGAAAUUUAGUCAUGCCUUUGCGCGCAUCAAACUUUCAUUACCACGAACUGAAACAUGUUGUUAUUGUUGGUUCUGUUGAUUACAUUCGUAGGGAGUGGAAAAUGUUACAAAAUUUGCCGAAAAUUUCUGUGCUUAACGGAUCACCGCUUAGUCGCGCCGAUUUGCGUGCCGUCAAUGUUAAUUUAUGUGAUAUGUGUUGCAUUUUGUCAGCUAAAGUCCCAUCGAAUGAUGAUCCAACGCUUGCUGACAAAGAAGCCAUUCUAGCGUCGCUUAACAUUAAAGCUAUGACAUUCGAUGAUACAAUCGGUGUGUUGAGUCAACGAGGUGAACAAGACAAUCUAACACCAGUUGGAAGUCCAAUUGUACUUCAACGUCGUGGUUCUGUUUAUGGAGCGAAUGUACCGAUGAUUACUGAACUGGUGAAUGACAGCAAUGUACAAUUUCUUGAUCAAGAUGAUGACGAUGAUCCAGAUACAGAACUUUACUUAACUCAACCGUUUGCAUGCGGUACAGCUUUUGCCGUUAGUGUAUUAGAUUCAUUGAUGUCAACGACAUAUUUUAAUCAAAACGCCUUAACAUUAAUUCGUUCAUUAAUUACUGGCGGUGCCACGCCUGAACUGGAGCUGAUUUUAGCUGAAGGUGCAGGUCUUCGUGGUGGUUACAGCACGCCAGAAAGUUUGAGUAAUCGAGAUCGAUGUCGAGUUGGACAAAUAUCUCUCUACGAUGGUCCACUUGCACAGUUUGGAGAAACUGGAAAAUAUGGAGAUUUAUUUGUAGCAGCUCUCAAAUCAUACGGCAUGCUUUGCAUUGGACUGUAUAGGUUUCGUGAUACCAGUUCGAGUUGUGAUGCUAGUAGUAAACGUUAUGUAAUUACGAAUCCACCUGAUGACUUUUCUUUGCUGCCAACUGAUCAGGUCUUUGUAUUGAUGCAAUUCGAUCCCGGCCUCGAAUAUAAACCAUCACAAACACGUGCUGGUGCUGCUAAUGCUCAAAAUACGGGCGGACCUACAGGAAUCAACACAGGAAAUAUAGUUAGCAGCGUAGGUCGUCAGAACAACAGUCAAGCAGGAGCCGUAGGCGGAGGUGGCACAAAUAAAGAUGACAAUUCCUGACUAUUGCUGUGUAGCGCCCUUACUGAUGGUCCCUAUAGCUAUAUUUGAUGAGGCGCAUCAACAUCUAAUUCUUUCAUGUAUAAUGUUGUACAUUUUUUAAAGCACACCAGUGCACUUUGUCGUCGCUUAAUAACUCGAUUUACAAUGAGACUUCUAACAUUACGUCAUCGUUGACAAUUUGUGCUCAAAAUCAUCCACGUUAUACAUGAAAUUGAAUUGAGAAAAACAUUUUUUUAUAACAAAAUGAGCCUCGUUGAUUUGUUGAAGAUAUUUUUGAAGAACUUUCCCACACCAUUCCGCUUUAAAAAAUUUUCAAUCCUAUUAUCAGUUCAAGUUAAAUAAUUUCUAGUCAUUUGAUGUUAGAAGAUUUUCUUUUUGUUAUUAUUUUAUUUCCAGAUCUUUGCAAUCUUAAGUUUUGUUUAAAGAAUUAUUUUUUGUUGAAUACAAUUUGUAAAAUUUGUUAAGUUUGCGCAGAUAUCUUUAUGAGUUGUUUUAUUUGAACAUUUUAAUCUUUCAGUUGAGAUGAGUUACGUUUAUUGAUCCUCUGAUAUUUAUUAGCUAAGGUAAGAAAAAAUUUCUUUUUCCCUCAAAGAGCCGAGAAACGCAAAUCUAUGUGUGGCUGUAGACUUUUUGAGAGUACAAAUAUUUCAACACUUAAUUUUAUCUUAAGUUGUCAUAAUAAAUUGUUUCGAUAUUAUUUCGGAAGAUUGUUCAAAAAUAUUUCCAUCAAAUAUCAAAAACAAAAAAAUAAUUUUGAUGAAAAAGAGAGAAGAAAAUAAAUCAAAAUUAAUUUGGAUCCAUCAGAAGGUCUGCUACACACAAUCAUAUUGAAUUAAAUCUAUUUAAAGAUAUAUUUAACAUUGAACACUUAAUGAGUGAAAAUUUCAAGGUAUAAUCAAAUCAUUUAAAGAAAAGAAAAUUAUGAAAAACCACCAAAAGUUUAAAAAUCUGAGAAGAAAAUUUAUACAAUCAAACAUCAAGAUUUUUUUUAAAUUCUUAAAUUAAAACACUUUCAAAUUAUAUUUCUCACAAGAAAUUCUUUGAAUGAUUAUGAGUCAUCUUGGAAUCUUUGUUGGUUACUUGCAGUUGUUUUUAUAAGAAAUUUCAUAAUGGAAAUCAUCAGAGAAACUUUUUGGAAACUU